AACAGUGGAUUUUAUACCGCGUUUUCCGACGGUUGAAUCAUUGUUGCCAUUUCUGCAGCAAAGUUUUCCGUUGAAUCGUUUCUUUAUUUUCGCGCCAUGGUGUUCCGGGAAUUCCCGCUGCUCCCAAAACGUCAGCCAUGCCGGCGACUACACCUGCAACAACUGCGAAGGUACAACAGAAAACUACAACUAAACCGCCGACAACGACAACCGUGACGACAAAAGCACCACUUCCAACAACUGCGAUGACACUGUUAACAUUUCCUAUAACAACACUUGCGCCAACCACAAAGGUGACCGUCGAUUUCAAUUUCACAUGCGACGACGGCCAUUUUAAAUGCCGAAAUGGACAUUGCAUACCGCUGUAUUUAUACUGCAACGGCGUGGAUAAUUGUUUGGAUGGCGGUUCGGAUGAACCCAGCGGGUGCAGUGCAUGCGGCGCAGGGCAGUUGUCGUGUGGCGACAACAACUGCUACACGCUGAGCCAACGGUGCGACGGGAAGCGUGACUGUUCAAACGGCUUAGAUGAAACCGACUGCCAACAGUGCCAGGCAAACGCCGUCCGUUGUGCCGAUGGCCAGUGUAAACCACUGUGGGUUUGGUGCAACAAAUUCAACGACUGCGGCGACUGGUCAGAUGAUCCGCCAAACUGUGAUUGCCGCGAUGGACAGCUGCGCUGCCUGAAUGGUCAGUGCGUGAUCGGCGAAACAUGUAACGGAAUCCGGGAAUGCAUUGACGGUUCCGAUGAGCGGAAUUGUACAUGCUUAGACCGACUGAUGAAGAGCUUCCCGAAACGCUGUGACGGGGUAGCUGACUGCCCAGAUGGCUCCGAUGAAAACAACUGCAUGUUUCGGUGCAGUCGUGAUCAGUUCAAGUGUAAGGAAGACGGAGGCUGUAUCAGCAAAAACCGAAUUUGUGAUGGUAAGGAUGACUGUCUGGAUGGAUCCGACGAAGAAUAUUGCUUUCAGUUGUCGGCCGAUGGGCAGAAGAUCAAUAAGCAAUUUCUGGAGAUUCGAGAAGAAGGUGUGCUGAUGUGGAAUAUCGAUGGCGACUGGUAUCCGGUGUGCGCACAGUUAUACAAUUCCUCGCAAACACCAUCCGUCUGCCGGGGGCUGACCUAUGCGAAAGCCACGGAAAGCGGGAUUACGCUGAGCACGAAUCGCGGCUAUGCUCACUAUGAUUUCCAGACGAAACGGUAUGUCAUCCGGAAGCAGUGUCAUCGGGAUAUCGUGGUGCAUCUGGCCUGCGAAGGGCUGGUCUGCGGCAUUACACCCACCACCAAUCACUGGCGCAACGAAGUCAGACAAUCGGCCCGCAUUGUCGGCGGCGAGGACGCGCUACCCGGACAGUGGCCUUGGCAUGUGGCGCUGUACCGUGAUGGUCAUUACGCCUGUGGUGCGACACUACUGGACCGGCAGUGGAUGAUCUCAGCGGCACAUUGUUUCUUCCCGCAUAUGUACCGCUACUGGGCCGCACGGUUGGGCUCGUGGCGUCUCGAGUUCCAUGCCACCCAGCAGCAGUUGAUCAAGAUUACGCAUGCACUGAUCUACGAAGGGUAUGAUCAUUUUGGCAGUUCUGACGGAGAUAUUGCGUUGCUACGGUUGGAUAGACCGGUGGAUUUGAGCAACUGGGUGAGACCAGUGUGCUUGCCGAAAGCCUCCAUGGGAUCACUGCCAGGCGAGGCAUGCAAAGCGAUCGGUUGGGGAUUGCGAGCAGAGGACGGAUCGAAGGCGGAUAUUCUCCAAGAAGUUGAUGUGCCGGUUUUGAACAACACGGACUGUAAUAGCCUUCAAGAUCCGGAAUACUUCGGGAAGAUCUCGGACUACAUGUUGUGUGCCGGACAGACCGGACGUGAUAGCUGUCAAGGCGAUUCCGGCGGGCCUCUGUUGUGCAGUACGGACAAAAACUGGUUUCUAGCAGGUGUAGUGAGCUUCGGUAGUGGAUGCGGUGGUGGACCCACGCGACCCGGUGUGUACUCCAGAAUAUCGAAAUUUUCUAAAUGGAUCGAGGGCGUCCUGCUGAAUUCCAGUCGUGGCCCUUUGCCGGCCAAUUCUGUAUUAAAGCCCUUCAACUGCUUCGGUUACCGCUGUGCCGAUGGAAAGUGUCUACAAAAUAUCCAAGUCUGCGACGGGAUUGUUAAUUGCGUAGACGGCAUGGAUGAGGUCAACUGCGAAGCGCGUAAUGAUACUGGAAAGAGUUCGGUUGGUGCAACCGUGGAUAAAAAAGGCUCAAGUCAACAUCUUGAUUUAUCCAUGAUGUGCUACGAAUGGAAUUAUAGCUGCGACAAUGGAAGGUGUAUAGACAUUCACCUGCGUUGUGAUGGUCGGGAUGAUUGUGGAGAUUUGUCUGAUGAAAGAAACUGCCAGAGCGUUCUGUCAACGAAGACACCGGCCGGGGCACCGACAAAUGUACCAGAGAUGCCAUCUAUGGAACCGCCCGAACCGAUGCCGAGAGGAAUUUGUCCGGCUGGGUUUUUCCAGUGCAGUGAUGGGGACUGCAUUUCCAUUAAGCAGCACUGCGAUAACCGACCACAUUGUUCGGAUGGAAGCGAUGAGUUCGGCUGUCCGACGGAUAAAUGUGGCAAGGAUCUGAUCGAAUGCACUAAUGGACAAUGUAUCCCGUUGAACGGGUGGUGCAACGGUUACAAUGAUUGCGGAGACUGGUCGGAUGAACCCUCGAAUUGUACAUGCCAGCCUCGACAGUUCCGUUGUACCAAUGGACGUUGCAUUGACCAACGCUUCCGUUGCGAUGGAAGCCCGUUGUGUACCGAUGGUAGCGAUGAAUUCGAUUGCCCAUGCCGGGAUCUUAUCCGACACACGGAUCCAUAUAAACUUUGCGACGGCUACCCCGAUUGUUUGGAUGGAUCGGACGAGAAGGAUUGUGUGAAAUGUGGUCUGGACGAAUUCCAUUGUCCCGGUGGAAGCCAGUGUAUUAAAAAGAGUCGGAUUUGUAAUGAUAUCGAGGACUGUCCAGGCAAAGAGGACGAAAGCAACUGCAUGAUGUUGACCGAAAACCGGACGCUGGAUAAUUGGAGCUUGAUGUUACGGCCCAAAUCCGGCUAUCUGUUUUUGAAUAUCAACGGUAGCUGGCUUCCCACCUGUGCCGAUGGGUGGGAUGGAUUUAGCGAUGUCUUGUUACCGGUUGUUUGUACAUUACUUGGCCAAAGUAUGACUGGUGCGCAAGUUGCUUUUGAACCAGCUGGAGGAUACCGUAAUUUUGCUCUGGUAAAAGGAGCUUCCUGCUCCGAGCGUAAAGAUCGAUGCACACAAAACAUGAUUGUGCGAGUGACCUGUGGCGGCACUACUUGUGGACUCAUCCAGGGAGCCAUUGCGCCCAUUACACGCUCGCUGGCUAUGGGUCGCGAAACGCUGAAGGAAAUUCUCAGCGAGAGAUAUGGUCGAGUAGGAUUACGUAUUCUUCGGGGCGAGGCCGCUUCACCGCAAGGCACGCCUUGGCAUGUGGCCAUUUACAAGAAUGGAGAAUUCGUCUGCAGUGGGUCGUUGGUUAGUGAAAGCUGGAUUGUGACUGCGGCACACUGUCUAGAAGGGAUGCACCAGUUUUACUGGACAGCGAGAAUGGGCACAUGGCGGCUUAAUUCACACAGCCCGUAUGAGCAAAUCCGACGUGUCCGUGUUAUACUAAAGCAAAACCACAAAGGCUUCCUGACAUCGGAUGGCCGAAUAAUGGGCUACAAGAACGACAUCGCCCUGCUCAAACUGGAUAGUCCCGUGUUGCUAUCGGACUGGAUUCGCCCGAUCUGUCUACCGGGCGUGGAUGCCAAGACGGAAAGUCGCAUGGUCAUGGACGUGAAUGAGAACAUCGUCACGCAGAGCCUCCGGGAAGGCACCCGUUGCCGUAUUACUGGGUGGGGCCGUACCGUAGAGGGACCGGUUGCCAAGACUCUCCAAGAGACGCACUUCACCGUCAUCGACAAUGAAAUCUGCAACCGAUCCUACGACGGACAAGUACCGGACCAGAUGUUAUGCGCGAAGAGUGUCGCAGGAAAUUCCAGCUUCUGUCAGAAAGAUGCCGGUGGCGGGUUGGCUUGUGCCGAACAUACCGACCAGUCGAUCCUGAUGGGCGUUGCAAGUUACAGUCCAUGCAGGAGUGAUUCAGCACUACCGGGAGUUUUUACUAAUAUUUACGCCUUUUUACCAUGGAUCAAAGCAGUGUUGGAUAGCGGAACCGAACCUUCUGUGCCGGAAUUCGCUGCUUGCUCCGGUUUCCGGUGCCAGAUUGGUACAUGUUUGCCUAUUGCGAUGCGUUGCGAUGGUCAGCAGCAGUGCCCGACUGGUGACGAUGAAAUGAAUUGUGAACCUUUCUACCCAGCUCUCUGCCGUGAUCGCGAUUUCUUAUGCGCAAAUAACCGCUGCAUACCGGGUCAGUUAUACUGCGAUGGACACGAUGAUUGUGGAGAUCGUUCCGAUGAAGGAAACAACUGUACUGCCUCCUGCGGCAAUGGAGAAUUCCGCUGCAUAAUUAACGGCAAAUGCAUCCCGAAUACCUGGCGAUGCGAUUCGUACGCUGAUUGUCCAGGCGGCACCGACGAGGUCAACUGCACCAGAGACUGUACGCGCGGAUACUACAGCUGCCCAGAUCAACGGUGUAUUCCACCAUCGUUUGUUUGCGAUGGCAUUCGCGACUGCGUUAAUGGAACGGAUGAAACCAACUGCGGAUGUCCAGCCGGCAACUUUAAAUGUCGAAAUGGUGAUUGUAAACCACUCGCGCUGUUCUGCGACGGGAAGGCCGAUUGUCAAGAUGAAAAUGAUGAAGAAUUUUGCAAUCUGACGAGCUGUCUGGUUACGCAGUACCAGUGCCGUUCUGGAGAAUGUAUCAGUCAGAGAUGGUUAUGCGAUGGAGAUAAAGAUUGUCAAGAUGGCAGUGAUGAAAUCGAUUGUGCAUCCAAUCCGGCCAAGGUUGUUUGUCCGCACGGAUACACGGCGUGUCCAACGGGAGGCUGUAUUCGAUCGUCAUGGAUCUGCGACGGAUCUCCUGAUUGUCCUAACGGCGAAGAUGAGGACAUGUGCCACACCAGUACAACACGCCGUUCCACACCGCCGCGUCGCACAACACGCAUCAUACCGACCACGUCACCAACAACUUCCACUACGAAAACCACCCCUGUGACAACUAUAACAACGUCCACAACUACCACUACCACCGCUACUACAACCACGACUGCCACUACGCCAACGACGACCAAAACAACAACCACCCCGACAACUACUACUACUACCACCACCACUUCGCAACCCAUCGAACCGGACGUUGUUACCAGUUCCACCGGCAAACCGACCACCGCUCGGUCCACGCCACGGUCUCCGAUGCGCCGACCGACUACCACAACAGUAAAGAGAGUAAUAUCCAGCACAACAACGGAAGCGCCGGAACCGUUUACGCUGGCCACGGAAGAUGCGGAUAAUACUGUCGCGCCGGAUGGUAAAGCGACGCUGUGCGGCAGUUCCGGACGGUAUCAGUGUCCUGGAACGGGUUUCUGUCUGAAACAACAGCGUGUGUGUGAUGGAUACCCGGAUUGUCCCCAGGCGGAAGAUGAAAGCCAGUGCAGCCAGUGUAAAAAUAAAGCACUGUGCUAUCUGUCCAAGACUUGCAUUGCCAAGGAGCACUGGUGCGAUGGAAACAGGGACUGUCCAAGCGGAGAGGAUGAACUGCACUGUGUCACUUUAUCAAACAAUGGUACGGUUGAGCGCAAUGGACUGGCCCUGCCAAUCACCGGACAUUCCGGCUACGUCAUGGUGCAGCACGCCGGUGACUGGUAUCCUCUUUGUGCGACGACAUGGACACCGGGUCUGACGCAGGCUAUCUGCAAAUCCUUAUCCUUCACCGACGCAAAAUACACCACCUUGGUCAAUCAUUCCAGUCUGCCGCAAGGCAUCAACCCGGAAUCCGUGUCGUUCUUCUCACCGGAAGAUGUCCGCCCGACAGUUGAGUCCAUCACGGAAUCACGGCCGCAGUCACGGACCGAUACCGAUGUGGUUGGUUGCCAGUUUGUUUACGUGGGUUGUUCCACCUUCUCGUGCCGGGAUACCGGAACGAUGAUGGGAGCACUGCAGCGCCGCAAUGAAGAACGACGCCGAGCGCGCACGGAAGCCGCACCGUUCGCGUAUCCGUUUUACGCGAAUAUCUACGCCAACGGCGAAUAUGCAUGCGGGGCAUUUAUACUGAACGAUCGCUGGGUGUUGGCCCCGAAAAAGUGCGCUCAGAAUGCGGAGGACAGUGUGGAAUACUCCGUGCGCUUCGGUGUAACGCGCUUGCAGUCUUUGUCGCCGUUUGAACAGACAUCGCGGGUAACGGCCAUUGCCGAACAUCCAUCGCAACCCAUUGCCAUUCUCAGCGUUGCCGCGCCGCUGCGAUUCACUCGCUUCACCAAGCCGGUGUGCUUCCCCGAUGCCAAUCAUCUGCACUCUUUACAGCUGGACUCUUGCAAAAUGAUCGGCUACAAUACCGAUAUAACCGAUGUCCUGAUGGAGGCCUCGGUCAGUGUGGUGUCGGAACGGCACUGCGGAAAGAUCCCGGAAAACCAGACGUGCGUUGCCUCGCCGUCCGGAAUAUGUCCGAAUCUGGGAUCGUGGUUGCUGGCAUGUAAAGCCGAAUCCGGAUGGAUACCGGUGGGAUUGCCGAUGUAUAAUGCUAUCGGGUGCCGGAGCCCUGCCCCGACGGUCAUGUUUGUGCAUAAUGUCAGCCAUCUGGGUGAAUGGAUCCUGGAGCAGAUGGAGCGGCCUAUUGAACGGAGCUUGCCGGUGUGCAAUGGUUUCAAAUGUAAACUGGGCAACUGUGUACCACCCAAAUCGGUGUGUGACGGCAUUCCGGAUUGUCACGACGGCAUGGACGAAGUGGGAUGCAAACAGAAGCCAGAUCCGGUUGAUGCGUGCGCGGAAGGUGAUCCGGGAUGUGAUUUGAACACGAAAUGCAGUCUUUUGGAUCCGACUUGUGUCUGCCACGAGGAUAAUCUUCGCUGCGACGGUUUUUGUUUAUCGGGUCAGUUGACCUAUUGUAACGGACGGCCGGACUGUCAGGAUGGUCUCGAUGAACCGGCAAACUGCACUUGUCUCCCGAGUCAGUACUUCUGCGCUGCGGAUCGUCGCUGCAUCUCUAAACUGUUUGUUUGCGAUGGAAAAACCGAUUGUACAGACGGCGCAGAUGAAGCCGAAUGUGGCCGGUUAGUUCACACCGAACGCACGCUGGAUCUGGAGUGCUCGGUGACUCGUCUGGAGUUCAGUUGCCCCGCGGCGAAUUCAACGGGAUCAGCACCAUGUCUGAAUAUCGUCGAGUGGUGUGAUGGCAGUAAAAAAUGUCCCAACGGGACGGAUGAACCUUUUGGGUGCAAGACCAUGUGUCCCAAAGGUUAUUUCCACUGCAAAGCCCAUGCUCCUCUGAAGAACUGUGUACCGGAAUCCGCUUGGUGCGAUGGCAAAGACGAUUGUGCGGAUGGGCAAGACGAGUUGCCGGAAUGUCAGUGUAAAGAUUCACAGUUUCAGUGUAAGAAGGACGGAAAGUGUAUCUUGAAGAAAAUGGUAUGCGAUACCCAAGUCGAUUGCUCGGAUGGAUCCGAUGAACGUGAAUGCUCCUGCACGAAAACACUGAACGCGACGAUGCCCAGCGCACUGUGCGAUGGAUAUGCCGAUUGUCCGUCGGGUGAGGAUGAGCUGUACUGCCUCGCUUGCCCAGAGAACGGCCAAUUUCUCUGCAAAGAAUCCCGGCAGUGCCUGGACAAAUAAGUCUGCAACGGAGUGCCGGACUGUACACUAGGCGAGGACGAGCGCAACUGUCUAGCGUUGGCUCCUUCCGGCGCUGUCCCAUAUGAUCCCUUCAACGCCGUUCCGCUUAACAACUUCGGCUUCCUCAUGGUGAACAUGCGCGGCACCUGGAACAAGGUGUGUAUGGACAAUUUUGACCGGAGCGCCGCUAACCUGGCGUGUCAGAAGCUAAAUUUUGCUACAUCAGCGAUGACCCUCCCGAAGACGAUGCACAGGGAUGAUAACGUAGCUUUGCACGCGGUCGAGAAGUCUAAGAUCCGGUUUAAGUAUGCCGAGACAUGCCGGGAUAAAUCCGUGGUGUAUCUUUCCUGUGAGCAGAUGGGAUGUAAGUUCACACAGAAAUCGAAUGGAACGAAAUCAGAAGGCAUUCCCUGGCAUGCGACCGUUUACACCAACGAUGAAGCCGCGUGUGAUGGGGUGUUGGUCCAUGAGAACUGGGUAGCCACCACCGGAAGCUGCAUCGCUUCCUUCACCGACCCUCAUCAGAACGACACCGAACGUCCCGGUGUGGCCAUUCGUUUUGGUGCCAUCCGUAUGAAGAGCAAUUCCGCGGCGGAACAGACUCGUUUUCUCUCGGCCUGGAUCCGGCAUCCCAAGUAUGUCUUCCAGCCGGGCGUGCCAGGCCGGUUUACGGUGAAGAACGAUAUCGCGCUGUUGCGACUGUCCAGUCCGGUGAAGAUUACCAAUUACGUCUAUCCCUUAUGUAUCGGAGAUUCAUCAACCGCCGACGACCAGGCUUGCUAUGCCGUGAGUUUCCGUAACCAGGAAUUAUCCGCCGAAAUGGUGCCGAUAUAUAACUCUAGCGUGUGCAACCACCGUUUGCCAGUGUUUGAGCACGCCAUCAGUUCGGAUCAGAUCUGCUCGUCGCCGGGCGCUUGUUUCGGAUUGAGCGGGAGUCACAUCGCCUGUAGGGAUGCGCAGUCCGCAUGGACGCUUAAAGGUUUGAUGAGCUAUCGGAUGGCGUGCAAUUCACCGUACGGAUACCCAAUUUACACUUCUAUGGCCAGCUAUGCGCGCUGGAUUGAGACGGUCGUGACGAACAGGUCAUCACCCAGAGAAUGGAUAAAUCCACCGUGUUCCGGAUUCCCUUGUCAUCUGGGAAAAUGUAUUCCAUCGGAACUUGUUAACGACGGCAAUUGGGAUUGUCUGACCGGGGACGAUGAACGAACGCAGGAUUUUGAGGAGGAUUUUGCCAAAGGAGCCGGUGAAGGUUGUCCAGGAGAAGAAUUCCGUUGUGGCUCCGACCAGUGCAUCGCCCAGUCUCGCCGCUGCGAUGGUGUAGUGGACUGUGCUGAUUUUAUGGAUGAAAUCAAUUGCAAAAAAUGUGGAGAACACGAAUAUCUUUGCCCGCGAUCGAAAACAUGCAUUCUGCAGACAGCUGUCUGUGACGGACUGCAGCACUGCGAGCAAGGCGAAGACGAGACCAGUUGUGUGGUUUUGGCCAAAUCAUUUGAUGUCCGACCGGACAGUAUGGGUUAUCUGGAAAGUGCCUCUGAAGGUUACCUCAUGAUCAAACGCAAAAGCGAAUUCCAGCCCGUGUGCACUAAUAUAUGGACACCAUCGCUCGCCAGUGCAGUUUGCCGGCAUUUGAAUUACGAUACCGUUAGACGAGUGAAUACGUCGGAAAUCCAUGAGUUCCCGAUUCCCUUGCCAAUGACCUGGAACGCUGUAGUACGCACACUGCAGGCCAUGGAAUCCGUGCAGGCAAAUAUGCGCGCAGCAUCCGAAUGCAGCAAUAUUUUUAUGAGCUGCGACCAACCAAGAUGCGGCGUGAUUUCCACAUCGUUUUCCGAGCCUCUUCAGCCUCCACUAAGCCGCUCUGUGGAGAAGAUGGAAUCGUUUUGGCCGUGGGCGGCAUCGCUUUAUGAAAAUGGGCGGUACAAAUGCUCAGCCGUACUUGUCGAACCUAGCCUGCUGGUAUCCAGUUCCGCUUGCGCUAAAGGAAAUGAAGAAAUGAUAGCCCGGCUUGGUGCUUUCCGUUUGGAUUCCCGUUCUCCAUAUGAACAACACAUUCCCGUUGCCGAGAUGAUCCUCCAUCCGGAAUUAGGCACCGGUCUCAGUUUGUUCCGUCUACAAUCGUCCGUGCAGCUCAGCGCAACAGUUCGUCCUACCUGUCUAGCCGGCAACGAAGACCAUUUCAGCGCAUCACCACAGCCAUGCCGCAUUAUUGGUUGGUCGCUAAAUCGCGGAGCGGACGAUUCGCUUAUGGAGAUCUACGCCCAACCACAAGAACGAGCUCUAUGUCGCAGUAAUACUCAGAGACUGGGCGUGUCAGGACGAUUUCCCGUUAUUUGUGCGGAAUUAAUGGACACCCGAGUGGAUGUGUGCGAAAAUUUUACCAGUUACGCGCUGUUUUGUCCUCGUGUCAAUAACCGGUGGAUCCUGAGAGGAAUCGGUGCCAGCCUGAUAAACUGUUCAAUGUUCCCCGUUACUGCUACUUUCGUUGACGUCAGUGAUUUGUCAGAAAAGCUGGAGGUUAUAUCCAGUAGUAACAAUACAAGAGCAGAAGCUUUAAAGGUUCCCACCGUGAACUGCGAUUUCGAAGACGAUUUCAUAUGCGGCUACGAUUCUGACUCGCCAGACAAUAUCCAGUGGAAACAAGCUAAAGCCAAAUAUAAAGUGAACCGAAGCAAUGCAUCUGUUGCCGAUUAUGGUUUGAGCAUGAAACUGGAGCUGAGCGGACGUUUGCGCAAUGUAUCCAGUCUGCACGUGCGCGGCAAUCUGGUCAGUCCAUUAGUGCCGAAAAUGGCCAACACAACCCGCUGUUUACGGUUUGAUUACAACGCUGGACCCCGCGGUAAACUUUUCCUGUACCGACGCCUGGACAACGGUGGGGUGUACCGUAUCUGGCAGUCAUCCUACUCGCGCUUAGACCAUGCAGCAUGGAUUGAAGGGGACAUCGACAUUCUGAAUGGCGGUUAUCAGUUGAUCUUCGAGGGCGUCCUCUUAGUCGCCCGACCGGAAUACCGUAUAUCGGUGUCGGCGGAAAUAUGGCUGGAUAACGUCAGACUGCUGCCUGGAUCUUGCUCAAACUUGCAAACGUAACGCGCGCUCGGGAUAGUUGUAGCUUUUUUUGUAGCACACAAAAUGGCAGCUUACGAGAUUUUCUGACAAAGUUGUCGUUUAUGGCGGGUAUGGUUGAAGGACACGGACGGGUAUAUGGACGGGCUGCCAGCGAGCUGGAACAAUUUCUGUUGUCUUUAUACCGUAUCUAAUUGUUUUUGUUCAU